UCGCCUAGGGUGAUGAAAUGGUCUUUAGAGAACUGCUGAGUGACCUGGUAGAAGAAGAAAAGAAAGUAGACAGGUCAAAUGGCGGCGAGAUGACGGAUGAAGAAACCCAUCCGCCGACGGAAAACAAGCGUGAGAUCGUGAAGAGGUCCGCCCUGACGGAUUCCGAGAAGCAGGAGUACGUGGACGCCCACAAUGAGUUCCGAAGGCAGACCACGCCCACUGCCGGAAACAUCAGAUACAUGAAAUGGAGCGAUGAAUUAGCCACCGUAGCCUCGGAUUACGCCGCCAAGUGUAAGUGGGCUCACAAUGGCGCCCGGACUUCCUCGCAGAACAAAUUCAAUUAUGUCGGAGAGAACAAGUACAUCAACUCGGCUAAGAAAAAGAUACAUCGUUCAGUGGAGUAUUGGUGGCUCGAGAAUAGCAAGUACGACUUUGAUACAAGAUCCUGUAGUUCUGGAAUCUGUACCCACUACACGCAGGUUGUGUGGUAUAACUCGGAGUACCUGGGCUGCGCUGUACAGUUCUGUUCCUCCAUGGAUGGCUUAAGUGGCUGGAACAACGUAUACUUCCACGUCUGCAAUUAUGGAGAAGGAGGAAACUAUGUAGGACAAGACCCGUACUCUAAAGGUAGCAGCUUUUCCGGAUGUCCAGAUGACUGCUGCAAGGAGGAUUUGUGUGUCCCGAACAGUUAACAUCGGAUCGAACAGUCCUCGGGGAAAAAAUCUGAGAUUUUAACCAAUAUGACUAUUGU